AUGACAAGCGGAUGUUUGGUUAAAAACUUGAAGGCUGUGACAAACUUGCCACCACUUCCGAUAAUUACAUGGGAUCGUGCAGAACGUAUUCGACGAAAUAAAGAGAUUUGGGACAAUAAAAAUUCUAUUGUACAUCGGUUGCCUUAUCAUUAUAAAAGAAGAUACUGGGAGUUUAUACUUGGCGAAGCAAAACCUGUGCAUUAUCGAAAACCGACGUCCAGAUACGAAUGGGAUGCUAAGCGUCGUAUGAUGGUAGAAACUGAGAAUUAUCCUAUAAUUGGUUUUCAUCCACCAGAAGCUGAUAAUGGAUUAUGGGGAGGCGAAACGGUAGUGAAAGGUUACAUAGAGUCGCGUCCUUAUACGAGAAAAAAGAUUUUACCAAGGCAUUGGGUGCCACAUUUUUUCUUUCCACAUUUGAAAUAUGUAGUCACAUAUUCCGAAGUUUUGGACAAACAUAUGAAGAUUAUGAUGACGGAGCGUGCGUGCCGCCUGAUCGAGCAACAUUUUGGGCUUGAUUUAUAUUUGUUGGAAACGCCUGAAAUUGAUAUCGCUUCAAAACUUGGCAAUAAAUUAAAGCGUGAAAUUCUGCUUAUUUUGGCAAAAGGCACUUAUUAUCCAAAUAAUCCAGAACGGCACAAUUAUAUAAAGCGUAAAUAUGCGAAGUUUGUGGUACCAUUAGAAGAAGCCGAUUGGAUUGGUUUAGAUUUAAACGAAGCAUGCAGAAAGCAGCAAGAAAUUGAAGAAAGUAUAAAAGCAAUCCCGGAAAAGUAUAAAUUUGAGCUUGAUCUAGUCAAACGAUUGGCAAGUGGUGAAGAGAAUCCAGAUCACGAUAAAAUAAUCAAGGAGUUGGAAUCAGAAUCAGUUAGCGGUCAAAAAGCAAGGAAGUUGAUGCAUGCGGCAACACAGCGAUUGAAAAAACUGAUGAAUUAG